CUUUUUUGACAGAAGCGUACAGAAGAUAAAAAUGUUAUUUGUUAAUAAUUUUUUUGUAAAUAUUUGUUAAAUGAGCAAUUGUAGAAUGUGAUCAUUAUGGGAGGGUGCAUAGGAAUAACUAGAAGUGGUAGCGGGCCUAUAGAAGAGUCUUCAGCUACCGUGUCUCGGCCUAAUUCAGGCGGGCUGAGGAAGAAUCAGUCGUUGUGCCACGAGACCAUAAGGUGGAAAUCGGACGUGCCAUUGACAGAAGGCCAGUUACGUAGCAAAAGAGAUGAGUUUUGGGACACAGCGCCGGCGUUCGAAGGACGCAAAGAGAUUUGGGACGCGCUGCGGGCGGCCGCCGUCGCUGCAGAGGCGAUGGACUUCCAGCUCGCACAGGCAAUACUUGAUGGCGCCAGUGUCUCAGUCCCCAAUGGUUACCUUACUGAGUGCUAUGAUGAAUGGGGCACAAGAUAUCAGGUUCCAAUAUACUGUUUGUCGCCACCCAUAAAUAUGGUGAAGGAGGCAAGUGGCAGAGAUUCUCCGGCGGAGUGGUCAGAGCCAGUUGAAGGUGGUACGGAGGUGUCCCUUCGUCUUCGGCUCUCCAACACUUGUAAGGAUGUGGACCUGGCCGUCUACUCUAGGCACACUAUAUCACAGUGCAAAAACAAAUUACAUGCUCAAGAGAACAUCGAGCCGUGGCGGCAGCGCUGGUUCUACGGCGGUAAACUCCUGGGCGACCGACUGCUGGUGGAGGAAGCUAAGAUCACGGCCGGGUACGUGGUGCAGGUCAUAGUCAGCACCGACCCCCAGCCGCCGAGCUAGUCGCCUGCGCCGCGCCCUCUCACCCACACCUGCGUCUUUGUGGUACUUUGCAUUUAUUUUUAAAACUAUUUUUUAUAUUUUACGGUACUUUAGCUAUGAAAUUGCCAUGUUUUAUGCGAUAGAAACAGAACUAUAACAGAUCUUACUCUACUUAAGGUCAAAUUUCUUGAUGGAUAUAAGAAUUCUCACCUAGUAAAUGACUAUGAUGGAACGGCAAUUUCAUAAGUAAAGACCUAUUAUUUGGAUGGCGACGACCAAGCAUAUCGCACGGUCUUACGAGGCGACAAUGUGUAGAAGAAGAUUCUCUAUGUUUUAACUUAGCUGGUGGGCGUGGCUCGUGACGCGUGCCACCCGCCCUGCUUAUAGUAUAUUCCUAUAUUAUUGAUGUUUGUCUAUUUAUUUUUAUAGUUUGUAGUUUAGCCAGACAUGUAUGCGCUUUGUGUGUGAUGAAUCGUAGACAGCACAAGCGAUGGCGCCCUCCGCUAUGUUCCAUGUCAUUACUGGCGGUUCAUAUAGUUACU